AGGCAGCGACGAAAGACGAGCGGCAUAUGCGAUCACGGGCGGCAGCGAUCGCGAUGCAAGGACUGCAGGGGAGGGAGCAUAUGCGAGCACGGGCGGCAGCGAUCGGGAUGCAAGGACUGCAGGGGAGGGGGCAUAUGCGAGCACGGGCGGCAGCGAUCGCAAUGCAAGGACUGCGGGGGAGGGAGCAUAUGCGAGCACGGGCGGCAGCGAUCGCAAUGCAAGGACUGCAGGGGAAGCGGCAUAUGCGAGCACGGGCGGAUCCGAUCGCGAUGCAAGGGCUGCGGGGGAGGGAGCAUAUGCGAGCACGGGCGGGAGCGAUCGCAAUGCAAGGACUGCGGGGGAGGGAGCAUAUGCGGGCACGGGCGACGGCGAUCGCAAUGCAAGGACUGCGGGGGAGGGAGCAUAUGCGAGCACGGGCGGAUCCGAUCGCGAUGCAGGGGCUGCGGGGGAGGGAGCAUAUGCGGGCACGGACGGAUCCGAUCGCGAUGCAAGGACUGCGGGGGAGGGAGCAUAUGCAAGCAUGCAAAAGUU